AUGAGAGAUCCCACCAUCAAUCCCAAGCUCACGCGACUUCGACGCGCCUGCGACAUGUGCAGCAUGCGCAAGGUGAAAUGCGACGACUCUAACAUGCCUUGUCGCCCUUGCCGCGAGCUGGGUGUUGACUGCACCUUUAACCGAGAAACCAAGAGACGUGGGCCACCAAACAAACAUGCCGAAGCCGCCAAAGCCGCCAAGAGAUCUCGCAUGGAGUCAGCAGUGGCGCCUCCUGGAUUCCCCUCGUCCCCAUCGCCUCAAAAUGCUGCCAAGACGCUCAUGACCAUAUCCACGGAUGGAGUGCUGGAUGCAGAGGCGAUUGCGCCAAUGCCUGUGCUGGAGCUUCUCGUGGACGACUUCUUCACGUAUAUUCAUCCACUUGCUCCAUUCCCUCACGAGCCAACAUUCCGUCAGUCAUUUGCGAAUAGAGAGGAUCGAACGAAACCGGAGUUUCUAGGACUUUUGGCUAGUAUGAUUGGUGCCUUGGCCGCAUCAUUUCCGCGGAGCGCCAGAGAGCACCUCAAGGCCCAGCACAGCACGCAUCUUUUCCCCAAGGCCAUAGUCAUGAUUGAAAAAUGUCGUGACAUCGCCCUCCUCACACGCGGAAGCAGAUGGGUGCUGAAACAACCAAAGACACUAGACGAUGCUGCUACCAGCUACUUUCUCGGGCUGGCAUCUGGCUAUACUCUGCAAUGGAAUGCAUCUCGCCAAUUCAUGGCUGAGACCUUGACGCUUCUCAGAGAACUCGGCUUUAGCAGACCCAAACAUCCUGGAGAACUUCCCACUUUUGGAAGUGACAAUUUUGCUCCUGACCCAAUGCCGUUCAAUCAUGUCAAAGACCAGAUUGGCAAGCGCAUCUUCUGGUGUCUACUGUUAGGCGUUCGCUCCUUUUCCCAGCUCGGCGCAUCUCAUACAGACAUUGUCAUUGCUCCAUCAACACCCAGUCUCCCCUAUCCCGCAUAUCCUGAGAAUGUCGAUGACAUCUGUGUUCUUGCGAAUGAGAUUAUCCAUCAAGCGGAGGGCAGUGUUACACUUCUCACAGGCUUUCGGUUUGGUAUUGACAUUUACACAACCAUGAACGGCGUCGUCAGCUUAGAGUUGGCGUACGGCAUGAGCACUCUUCCCUGGGCUGACCAAAGACUCCUCCUACGAGAUGGUUUGUUAGCUGCAAAGAGUAUUAUCGAUAAUCUGCCACCAGAGCUCCAGCUAGGCAACCCGGGAGACGAAGCAAAUCCACUGGCUGCCAUGGAAGAAUCCGGCCUCCAGUACGUCCCACCAGUAUGGCCAAACACACAGCCACCGCACGAUGUGCGCAAUAUUAUCAAGAACCAGCCCAUGAGACGUCGACAACUUCAAUACGAGAUUCAGAAAGCCAACAUUUUUGUCUCACAACUCGCCACGCGAUCGUAUUUUGUGGAGCUAUACUUCAACCUAAGAGAUGUUCAUCUUAGCGAGCAGCAGCAAACCCUCGAAGUUGAAGGUACGAGCGAAGAGGAAAAAGCUAUUCAAGAUGCGGACGACAAGGAGAUUUUGGAAUUCAUGUCUGCCGAGAGAGAAAUCAUUGUCCAAAACCUUUUGACUGUGCUGGGGUCUAUCUCACAGCGAAAUCUUGAGCCGAACGGAGGGUCCCUCAUCAAUAAAAUCCGCCAGGUCGCUUCCACGCUGCUGAAUGAUGCCCCUGAAAGGAAAGGCCCGUUUGCCAUCAAAUCAGAAGAGGCGUUGUCGCAGCUGCUUGAUAUAUUAGUGAAGCUUGAAAAGACAGGCCCCGUUGGAGAGACGACCCGAGCACCGGACCCUCUCCAGAUGACUGCGGAAGAUGAAGAGGAAGAGCUGAGGCACUGGGCCGACCUGAGAGAAUAUCAGCUGCGUUUCGCUGCAAAUGGGGGCUUUGCUGGCGACUUGUAA